AUGGAUUUCUUUUUGGAGAGUCCUGAAAGACCCUUCCUGGCUAUCUUGGGAGGAGCGAAAGUUGCAGACAAGAUCAAGCUGAUUAACAAUAUGCUGGACAAAGUCAAUGAGAUGAUCAUUGGUGGUGGGAUGCCUUUUACCUUCCUGAAGUUGCUCAACAACAUGGAGAUUGGAACUUCUCUGUAUGAUGAAGAAGGAGCCAAGAUUGUCAAAGAUCUCAUGUCCAAAGCUGAGAAAAAUGGUGUGAAGAUUACCUUGCCUGUUGACUUUGUCACUGCUGAUAAAUUUGAUGAGAAUGCCAAGAUUGGCCAAGCUACUGUGGCCUCUGGUAUACCUGCUGGCUGGAUGGAUUUGGACUGUGGUCCUGAGAGCAGCAAGACAUACACUGAGGCUGGGGCUCGAGCUAAGCAUAUUGUUUGGAAUGGACCUGUUGGGGUACUUGAAUGGGAAGCUUUUGCCAGGGGAAUCAAGUCCCUCAUGGAUAAGGUGGUAAACACCAAUUCUAGCGGUUGCAUCACUAUCAUAGGUGGUGGAGACAAUGCCACUUGCUGUGCCAAAUGGAAUAUGGAGGAUAAAGUCAGCCAUGUGAGCACUGGGGGUGGUGCCAAUCUAGAGCUCCUGAAAGGUAAAGUCCUUCCUGGGGUGGAUACUCUCAGCAAUGUUUAGUAUUUGCCUGCCUUUUGGUUCCUGUG